CUACUACUUUUAUUGGGAUGAAGCCAGGCUUAAAAGAAUUUGUCAAUGAUCAAGUCUCGACCUAUUGUGAUGCUGAUCCAGAAAUAUUGACAAAUUAUAUCCUCGCUCUUAUUACUGAAUCCAAACACUCUACCGAUCUCGAUUCGUCUCUUAAGGAAAAACUGGAAGAAUUUUUUGAAGAUGAAACAAGUGGAUUUAUUGAACGAUUAGGUCAUUUCUUGAACCAACCUAUGACAGAAGAACCAAAAACUCCCACUGAAAAAGAAGAAGAAGAACAACCUCCAACACGCUCAUAUAACGAUGAAGAUGAAGAAGAUGAAGAAGAUGGUGAUCGAAGCUUCAAACAUCGUCGACCUAGACAAGACGAUAAUGACACUUCACUUAAACGACAAUUAUCACAACAGGAAGAUAACGAUAAUCCAAACAAAAUACGUCGUAGCUAUCGACCACAUCGUGAUGAUCCUUCAGCAAAUGAUAUUCCAAGUGGGCCUGCAUCAAUGUCAUCUUCAAGCAACCGACGCGGUGGAUAUCAAGGUAAAUUUAAUGGACGUGGUGGAUCAAGACGAAACUAUCUCUCAAAACCCAUGUGCAAAGACUAUAAUGAAAAAGGAUUCUGUGUGCGUGGUGAUCUUUGUCCUUAUGAUCAUGGAAGUGACACUAUUGUCUAUGAGGAAGGCAAUUCAUUCAAUAAUCGUUCAAAUCAAAUGAUGCCUUUGAUGCCUCCUGGUGCUCCAUUUUUCAAUAUGCCUAAUAUGCUUGGUAAAGAUACCUUCACUCCUGAAGAUAUGACAAUGAUGCAAAAUACUAUGGCAGCUUUCCCUAUGAACAUGCCUUCUGGAAUGAUGCCUAAUGCAGAAGAAAUGUUCAAGAAUAUGAUGCAAUUACAACAACAAAUGGGUGUUCGUGGUGGUUCCCCUAGGAGAGGUCGUGGUGGUGGUGGUCGUGGUGGUCAUAUGGGUGGAGAUCGAUACAGUAGCCGGCAACAACAACAACAACAACAACAACAACAACAACAACGUCAACAACAACAAAAACUCGUGACAGCAUUGGUAGUGGACAACAUUCCUCCAGAAAAAUGUCAAAUGACGACAAUCAACGAUUAUUUCAAGAAAUUUGGUACCAUCACAAAUAUUAGCUUACAACCCCAAAAAGCCAUUGUCCAAUUUAGUACUCGUGAAGAAGCGGAAGCGGCUUAUUCCUCUCCAGAAGUGAUCUUUGAUAAUCGAUUUGUCAAACUAUAUUGGCACAAGGAAACGGAUGAUACUUCUCAAGCCAAACUCAACAAUGGUAGUAGUCAUGGAACCUGGAAAACUCGUCCUAGUCGUGAUCAAACUCAUCCUCCAAGCAGCGAACCUGAUCCAUUGGCAGUUGCCGCUAAAGCAGCAGAAUUACAAAAACUACGUGAUGAAAAAGUGAAAAAGCGACAGGAACAAAUGAAAGCAGUAUUGGAUUUACAGAAACAAAAGGAACAAUUAUUACAACAACAGAUUGAUGAACAAAAGCAACUUUUGGCAAAAUUGAGUGACAAAUCUCUGACAUUGGCUCAAAAGGAAGAACUAUUGGCCUCUCUGAAGAAAAUUGCUUCUGAUAUUGAUGCUUCAAGAUCCAAUACUGUGGCUCCAAGGUCUCUUCCUAUCGAAAACUCAUCAUCAACCGAAACGUCAAACUACUUGAAAGAAAAGUUAGCCAGAUUGGAAGCAGAGGCAGCAUCUUUGGGUAUUCCUACAGAUCAAACUCAUCGACCACAAGUUGGUGGCUAUUAUGGUCAAGGUGGAUGGCAUGGAAGACCUGGUGCUGUUAUGAAACGUAGUCUAGACAAUCGUCCAACAAAAGUGAUGAUCAAGGAUAUCCCUCAAGAUACAAGCAAUGAAGAUCUACAAACUCAUUUCCAACAAUUUGGACGGAUAUUAUCCUUUGAAAGUGGACAAGAUGGUACCAUUGCUCAUUACUCACAAAGAUUCGAAGCAGAAAAGGCAAUGGCCAUUGGACCAAACUUCCCCGGUGGAAAAUUAUCAUUAUCUUGGUAUACCAACAACUCAUCAUCUUAGUUUUGAUAGAUCAUUAUAUAUAUUUUUCUUAUUAUAGUAUUUUUUUUUUUUUUCUCUUUGGAAUCUAUCCCCACUAGUUUUAGUUUAUUUAUUUAUCUAUCC